AUGCGGCUUCGGCGGCGAAUGAAAAGAACCUGGGCACUGCUGAGGCAGCUUCAGACUCAGAACGGCGGCCUCGCUCUGGAUAGGAAGGCCCGCGAGGGAUUCAUGGCCGGGGACAGCAGUGUCCACGGCGCGGGACCCAGAAGUCGGGUGUGCGUACACCUGGAGCCGAGGGCGGAGCGCGAAGCACACUCGGCUGGCGGGGAAAGGCAAGACGAGAUGAUGAGUGCGGAGGAAGAAGGCGGCGAUCGGGAGACAGAGCAAGGUCGCGAGAAGGACAGCGAACAAGGCGUCUGCCACGUGCUCGAGAAAGGGCCAGCGAACAGAACAGCCAGAGAAGACACCCCAGAAGAGACAGACGAUGAAGCGAACCGACACCGAGAAGGCGGACAGGCCGCGCUUCAGAGCGGAAGGGCGGGCGCAGCACUGCACGGAGAAGGACAAAGACUUGAGAACGGGGAGGCUGAAAAGGAACAGAACGCGGAAGGUCCAGAAGGUCUGGUUUCAAGUCUGCCACCGUGGAAGACGUGCCGAGGCGCUAGCAAACAAGCACAGAGCGAGGCAGAGAAAAGUCGCUUGAAAUCUCCGCUUGGGAGGGAUGACCGCGAAUGGGCUGAACAGGCGACUCCUUUGAUCUCUAACUCGUCUCUUCUCUGGAGCUCGCCAGCGACCGUCGUCCCCGCGAGGCUCCGCCUCCAGCGCCGCGCCUGCAACCUGCUGCUCGCCCUGAGGUCGGCGGACUCGCCCGCCCUCGCCUCGAAGCUGAUCGAGAGACUCCUCAAGCUGCCGCUGGUUCUCGAGCCGACAGCCGCGCCUUCUUCCCGCGCCGCGCCGCACCCCCCUGGAGACGAAACGCACAGUGACACAGGACGAGAAGGAAGCAAGCAGACUCCUCGUUCUUCUCCCUCUUCGCUUCGCGGUUUGCCUCCUCUCUCUCCCGCUUCUUCUCCCUUUCCUCUGCGCUGUCUGUCGCCUUUCGUCUCUCCUGGCCCGUCGCGCACGGCAGGCGCGCUGCCUGGGGCCGAGUCGGACGCGGAAGGGGGAGAAAGCCAAGAGCAGCGUUUGUUGCAGCAUUUGCCUCGAAGGAAAGACGGAGCGCGAGAAGAGGACGAGAGCGAGUUUGACCGAGCACUGUGCGGAGCUGUGUACCUCCGUGCUCUCGUGGACGCCCAGAGAGUGGGGGCUUGGACGGCUGGCCGGCGGCUUUGGGAGAAAACCCUCCAGGUGUCCCUGUCGACAAAGAAGACGCGCGAGUUCUGGCGGGAGGUCGCCGCACUCCUCGGGACUGCGCGCGCUCUCUGUGCGUCUCUUGUCGGCGCCUUCCGAGCUGUGUCGCAUGGCAGACGUGAGUCGAAGCGCACGCGGGACGGCGGAGAGCCCGAAGCGUUUCGCGCGCUCCUCGCCUUCUUCUCCAGCGUCUUUCCUUCUGCCGGCAGCUCCACCGGGGCGAAGGCAGGGCAAGAAGCGCGUCUGACGGGGAAACGCGCGCACGGAGACGCGGGACGGCGAAGGCAGGCAGAGAGAACGGUCUCCGUUGGGAAAGGAGAAACGGAAAGGACGGAGGGGUGGGGAGGAGAGAAGACGGCGUCGCUUGCCUCGGAUCGCGAGAAAACGCGAGCGCUGCUCCUCGCAGCGAUCGUGGACACUCACUUGAGACGCGGGAACACCCGCGAGGCGACCGUGUGGGGUUUGCGCCUCCUCGAAGAGCGCGCCUUCUUGCCGAGGGACGGCGAGCUCCAGGUGCGGCCAGAAGCGUUCUCCAGCACCACCUCGCCUGGGGCGGCGUCGUCGCUUUCUCCUCAGUUCUCAGAGAAGAAGGGAGAAGAGGAAACGAGGGCUGCGGCCUCGCGGAGCCGCCUCGCCUUUGCCCCGGCCGCUCUCCCAGAAGACACCCUCGUUGUGGAAAAAGUCCUUCGCGCUCUCGCCCUCGAGGCCCGACCGCGGGAAGCGCUUGCUCUCUUCAGACUCACCUUUCUUGCGCUAAAGACUGCCGUCUACAACCAGUGGAAAGUCGUCCUCUGCGGCUCUGAACAAGACAACGAAGCAGAGGGAGUUGGAGACGCAGGAGAGAGCACAGGAGGAGAACCGACGGAAGAAGGCAGGCUCGACGAAGGCGGAGACGCAGGGAGAGACGCGGAGGCCUUUGAGGGAAAGGAUGAGAGGCCCGCGGCUGGUGUCUCCCCCUGGUCGUCGCGUUCUCUCUUCCCAGGCCGUCUCUUUUCUUCUUCUCGCUCACUCGACGCCCGGCUACGCCACGCGCUUUCCCCUGAUCCCCUGCCGGCGUUUCCCUUCUUUUCCGCGUCUGCCUCUGCUUCGCGUUUGUCCGACGCCUUGCCCCUGCUCGUCGAGUGCCAGCAUGCGCUUCGCCGGUGUCCGCAGCGCGUCCUCGAGGCGCUCGGCGCGGCUGCAGCUCUGCUCGGGGAACAGGCAGCGAGGGAAAGAGAAAAAACGGAGAAGACAGAAACUGAGGAAGAAGAGGACGAGAAGAAAGAGGCAGAAGGGCGCGGAGGGACACGCGGGGCGAAGGGAGAGAGAGGCAGGCGAGAACAAAGGGGAGGGGGCCAGAGCGACGGCGGCGCCCGAGAGGCGACAGGCACCGGUUCCGAGGAAGGAAGAGAACGCGACGGGAUCAAUAGCGAGGUGAAAAGAGAGACCGAAGGGAGACGCUUUCCCCAGGGUCGAGGCGAGGGAAACCUGAGAGUUCGAGACGAAACGCAGACGCCGAGGAGCGAGGCGAGCUCUCGUGACGCUCAAAUUCGCUCUCUCCUGGGUCUCACAGCAGAGACCGUCGAGUUGCUUCAUCGGCCGGGAACGGAGGGUAGCUGCUCUCAUCCCGGAGUCAAAAACGCGCGGGAGAGAAGCGGUGAGUCUGGCGAGAAGCCGCCUCAAGGCGAAGAGGACGCGGAACUCGGGAACGCGUUGCGGAGUGGAGAGGAAGAAGAGCCGAGGCGGGAGAGCGGAGGAGAACGACGGAGAGAGCGGGAAGAGAGGGGAAAAGGACAGGUCGCCUCCGCCAUGAAACGCAUUCUGAAGGUCUUGCCCUCUCUUGACUGCGUAUCACAGGGCCUCGUUGUGCGUCUCCUGGAAGACGCAGGCCUCCCGCGCCUCGCUCUCCUCGCCGUCGACUCUGUGCUCGCCACUGCCUCGCCCCUUUCCAGCCACUGGAGAGAAGAAGCCGAGAAGGGAGACAGCAAAGCAGAGAGAGAGGAGCAGCCGGGCGAGAGAGGCGGCGAACGCUGGACUCGCCCGCAGAGCGCUAAAGCGGCGCAUGCAGGGUGCGGGGCUGAUGCGCGCCUCUGGUGUCAGUGGAGAAGCCGGCUCGCAGCAAAAUGUGCGGGAGAAGCGCUGCAGGGGCGAGGAAACUACGCGCCGCCCGAGACGAGGGGAAAGCGAGAGAGAGAAGGGGGGGGGGGAAAGCGAGAGGGACAGGACUGCGUCGAGAGAAUCGCUGCGGAGAGCGAGGAUAAACUGCGCAGUCGGGAGAGGCCGGACAGAGGCGAAAAGGCAGAAGGGAGGAGGCAGGAAAUGGACGAGGGAGACGGAGCAAGACAAGAAAAAACGAGACGGCAAGAGCGUCUGGGAGCUGUCGGCGAAGAAGAGGGAAGGGCGAGGCACUGCCAGGCCACAAGAGCCCCGGAUGCGGUUCCAAUCGACAGAGAGCGGUUCCGAGCGCUGACGGCGCCAGUGCGUGCAGGAUCGCUGGAGACAGAGAGAGGGGAGAUAAGCGAACACGACAGAGAAGAAGGCGGCGAAGCAGACUGUCCAGAAGGUACGGAAGAGGGUGACGCGAGGCUCGGGGAUCCGCCGUCCGCCCUGACCUCGCGGGCUCCUCUUCCCUUCCAGUUUACCCCUUUCAGCGAGGUGCUGAGCCGGCGGCAACAAAGCUUCGAGUCUGGUCUUCUUCAUUUUCUCAGGGGAAACGCGGCAUCGUCUCCUGAGAAGGACGUUUUUCGGCGCAUGCGCAUGGAGAGGCAACGCCAAGAGAGACUGGGAAUCUCAUGUCUCCAGUUGUGGGCGUCCGGAGUGGAGAAAGCCGAGGAACGGCGAGAGGAAACCCGCUCCUCUCUCGCCUGCAGCGCGGAUCCUCGCCGUCGCGUCUCUUCUCUGGACAGCCGACAGCUGUGGAGGGAGUUCUUGGAGGAGCGCGAGAGGCGACAGAGACGGCGAAAGUGGCGUAUCCACCUGAUGCUCUCAAGCCGCGUCCGAGCGCGGAUGCGAUGGGCAGGGUCUCUGCCGGGGCCCCGUGCCCCGCUGCCUCUCUCCUCUCUGCCGUUCUCUUCUCCCCUCUCUCCCUCUUCCCCAAACUCCCACAGCUCCUCCUCUCCAUCUUCCCUUUCAUCUUCCUCUCCGUCUUCCUCUUUUUUUGUUUCCUCUGGUGUCGCGUCUUCUCUGCUUCGUCCUCCGUUCGCUGCGCAGCGUGCGUGGGUCGUGGCGGGGCGCGUUGAGGCGCCGGUGGUAGUCGCGGGUCUGAUGGCGCAUGCAGAGCUGCGCCGGGACGUGCCGCUCCUCCUCUCGCUCUUCUGGGCUCUCGCGGAGCGAAAAAGAGAGAGCACCCGCGCGGCGAGGGCGAGACACAGCCCGCAGGGGACCGCAGAGGCGACGCGAGAGACAGGCGAGCUGGUGGAGAUCGAGGAAGCCGCGGUGGACGAUCUGGCCUUCCACAGAGCGCUGCACAUGGCCCUCGACGGCUACGAGGCCCUCGGCCUCCCGGCGCUUGCCUGGGAGACCGCGAACCUGGUGCGCACCCACUUUGGAGACUCGAGGAAAGACGCGGAGAGGAGGGAAACGCGAUCGCAAGGGGAGCAAGGAGAGGACAAACUCCUGACACUCCAAGAGAAAACCAGAACUCUCGUCAGGGAUCACGUUUGGACCGAAGCGGCAAACCCCGGCGGCGGCGCACCGUUUCUCCACCUCCACCCUUCAUGCCCCCUGUGUAACUCCCCACCUUCAGUUCGUUCUGUGCGUUCCUCGUCCUUCCUCUCGUCGUCUCUGCAACAUUCGUCUCCUUCGUCUCACGCUUCUUCUCCUUCCUCUAUUUCUUCUUCUUCGGGUUUCAUUCCUCCUUUUUCCCCCCGAACGGCCAGUCCGUGUGCUACGGUGAAGGCGUGCAACGCUGUCCUGUCGCGCGUUUGCCGGUGCAUGCGCGGCCUUCUUCUUUCUGCGCAGUUUUCGCCUUCGACUGUCCACUCUCUGAAGAGUUUCGCUGCGGCUCUGCCGUCUGCCGUCGCGUCCCCUGGGAGCGUUGCCUCUUCGCUCUCGGUUGUGCAGCGUCUUCUCUCUCGGCCAGAACAGCAAACUCGCCCCUCUUACACCGACGCUGGUGCCACACUCGAGAAGCGCGAAACAGAGAAAAGAGGGGAACACAGAGGGGAGAAGGCGGCAGGCGACGCGGACGAGGCGCAGGGACAGGAACGUGGCGGAGACGAGAAAGCAGAGCCCGAAGGGCCGGAGAGGGGAGCGAGAGGAGACAGUUGGGACUUGCGAGUGGAGACACUAGGAACGAGGGCGCUUGAAAUGAUCCGACUCAUGCUGUACGAGGAGGAAUGGCCAGAGCCUGAUAAGGACACCUUCCGCCUCGUUCUUCGCUUGACGUGCCUCUUGGGCGACUUGCCUUCUCUCCGGCAGCUUCUUCGCGCACAGUCGCGACUGGCGGGACUGCGCCUUCCACGCUUCUCUGCAGACACCCCCUCGACCCCCAACCUCCGCACUGCGUCUGCGCGGUCGCCGAUGAAGGCUUCCGCAUCAGACCCAUCUGAGGCUCUGGACGGCUCCGAGGAUGGUGGAGCCGCGCCUGGUUUCGGAGGCGAAUCUCCCUCGGCCGACGGCGACGCAGGCGAACUGAGCCUUGGAACCGACGCGCCUCUCUCUGCAGAGACUGGAGACAUUCACGGCGGCAGUGGUGUGCCCCUCGCGCGCGCGCGGAUGCAUGCACCGGGAAAUGGAGAACCCGCUCUCGGGCUGCCCGACAACUCGCGCUCGCCUCGGAGCUCGGAAGGGAGGCCGAGAGACGAACCUGCUCCGGGUCUGAAUCGUCUCCCCUCUCUGCAUGCGCCAAAUGUGACGCAGCGAGAUUUUGCCCCCGACGAGGCAGAGACCCGCGGAGAGGAGACUGAGCAAGAAACCAGCGAGGCCAGGCGCACACGCGAAGAGCCGCCAGAGAGCUGGGCCGGGGCGGAUCCGACUGUGGAACUCGUCAGGCGUUUCCACCGCGAAGGCACAGGAAGGGGAGGCGAUUUUGGGGGAGGCGCAAGGCCUGCGUCCUACGCCCUUGCUCGCCAGGUUGUGAGGUUGGUGGAGCUGUACUUGGCGAGGAGGCACCGCGUUAGAGAGAAGAGAGACCAAGAGAACUCGAGGCUUCCGUCUCUCCGGUCUCCGGCGCAGAGAGAGAAUCGCGCGAGAGAAAACCGCGGCCUCACUCGCAGCAGCCAGGAGCCAGCGGCCAGGAGAGAAUACAGCGCGGAAGGGAAAGAAAAGAAGAGAGAAGAGACAAGCGAGGACGAGAAGACGCAGAACAGGAACGACACUGUGGAACCAGGAGAGGAACACGACGGCAGAGAAGAAGACGAUGGAGAAGAAGAAGAAGGUGAAGGAGAAGACGAAGGAGAAGAAGAAGAAGAUGAAGGAGAAGGUGAAGAAGGAGGAGCAGAAGGGGAAGAAGGAGGAGGAGAAGAAGGAGACGAAGACGAAGGAGAAGAAACGGAGGAAGGACAGGCGAUGAAGCGGGAGGUUAUCGCAUGGCUCGCUGCGAAUGGUUUGUGGAAGCUGCUGCCAAGCGUGGUGAAGUGGCGGACCCCUGCACGGGUGACAAGUCACCUCUGGACGACAAGAGAAUCUGCUGAAAACGGAAAGGAAGAAGGACAGGAAGAAGAGAAAAGGGAAGGGAAAAGUGCCGGUGUGGGUAUCCAGGUCGAUCUGCGUCAAGUGCCUCCCCUGCUCGUCGAGGCAGCGUUGACGGAGAUGGAAGAAGAUCUCGAGAAGGAAAUUGCCAUGCUGAAAAAUGGAGAGCGCACGUUCCUCUUCUUCACCCCCGGCGCGUAUCCGUCGUCUGUGGCAGCCGCGCGACUGGACAAUCUUCGCCGCACUGCCGCCGUCUUCUCUUUCUUUCACCGGAGACAAAAGACGAGACAGGGAGACACCUUCGCAGCCGCUCUUGCCCCUUUUAUGACUCUAGUGGCUCGGCUCGCGAUCGCCAGUCGACCCAGGCAAGAAGCGGGCAGAGGCAAGCGAGCGCUCUCGGUCGCCGCCACGCAAAUCGAGGCGGCCAGCCGUACGCAAAAUCCUCCGUGGAUUCUCUGGCGGUGUGCCUCAGACUUGGACAAGGUUCUCCCCGCCUCGAGGCUCUCUCGCUUCCUCAGGGAACUGCGGGCACUUCCCGGCCCUCCGGGCGGGGUUGACGCGUCGCUCGCAACGCCUCUGAUCGUCUCCUCGCCGGCGCGGCCGAGCCGCCAGCUUUCUCUGGUUCCCUCGGCGGCUGCCCUUUGCGGCUCUUCGGCAGCUCCCGCGCCGGCCUCGGCACCCCGCGGGGUGUUGCGGGACCCCGUCGUUUUGUUUCUCCUCGUCGGGAACUUUUUUCUGUACAUGGAUCGUGGAGUCAUUCCAGGCACGACGGUCGAGUUGGCGGCGUUCAUCUCUGCGACGACCGACAGCGAAAGCCCGGACACGCUGCUCGGCCUCUUGCAGGCGUCCUUCAUCGCGGGGCUCUCCUUGGGGGCGCCCUUCUUCGGCCACGCCGUCCACACGCGCCCGCCGUUUCUCCUCCUCUCUCGCGGGCUCGCUGUCUGGGCAGCGGCCUUGCUGGUGGCUGCUCUCGCGCUCCCGCUCGCCUCGUUUCCGCUCCUCCUCGCCGGCCGGAUGCUCAGCGGCGUCGGCGAGGCCGCCUUCGUCGCGAUUGCCUUUCCCUUUCUCGCAGAGUACGCGGACACGGAGAGGACGCGGGGCGGAGGCGCGGCGCGAGCUGAGCGCAGCGACUCGCGGCAGGGGACCGCCAGGCGCCCGAGAGACGAGGCCGCGCCGAGGCGACGGCGAAGCCCCAGAAGAGGAAACACGGGAGACGCAGAAAGAAACGACAGUCCGGACAGCGGAACGGCUGACCAGCUGCUGACAGAGCAGUCACUGGUCUCGUCCUCGACCUUUCCGUCCUCCUCAGAGAGACUCCCGGCGAACGGUCCUUCCGCUUCGGGAUUCUCUUCUCCUGCGUCUCCCCGCUCUUCUCCGUCUCCCCGCUCUUCUCCGUCUCCCCGCUCUUCUCCGUCUCCGCUUGUUCAGCGCGAGACUUGCCAAGGUUCCGUGCUCGGGGUUUUCCUCUGCAUGAUUCCUCUUGGUGCCUCUUCAGGCGUUGCGAGUGGAGCUGCCCUCGCGCGCGUCCUCCCCUCUGGCUGGGCGCCGGCGUACGCAAUGCUCGGCGUCGUCGGUUUCCUUCUCGCCUGCACGGCAUACGCAAUCCACUGCAUUCGCGAACCGACCGGCCGUGGAGGGGUGCGAGAACGAAACAGAGACGCAGGUGACGCGGCCGAAACCGAAGGCAACGCAGGAAGCAGAGAAGAACGGUCUUGCUCUUCGGUUUCGGUCUCUUCCCCGAGACGCGCUGGGGGUGCGGCGAGUUUGUCGGACACACAUCGUGAGGGGAGUCUUGACCAGGCGUUUCUUCCUCGUUCUGCGGCGUCUCCUGGCGGGCGCGUGUUUGGCUCCACUUCGGCCAUCUCGUCGUCCGCGCCCUCGUCUUCACUCGCUGCAGACGCUGCAGCGAAGCCUUCGUUGUGGGAAGAGAUUCGCGCUCUCUUCGCGCGUCCUGCCUUCGUGCUUCUCUGCCUCGCUGCGGCCAGCUACGCGUCCGUCGUGCAAGGCCUGGCCACGUUCUCUGCAAGCUUCCUUCUCGGCUUGGGCGUCUUCCGCUCGGAACUAAACGCGGGUCUCGCUGCAGGCAUCGUCGCCGGUUCUGCGGGCAUUGCAGGAACCACCCUGGGGGGUUGGCUAGUCGACAAACAAGUCCCGGCAGAACGCCCACGCUCAUCACCAGAGAGAAGGCAAGCAUCGAUCGAAGAAGGAAGAGGAGAAGAGAGAGGUGAAGAAGAGCAAGAAGAGAGAGAAGAAGAGCAAGAAAAGAGAGGGGAAGAGCGAGAAGGGAGAGGUGAAGAAGAGCGAGAAGAGAGAGAAGAACAGCAAGAAGAGAGAGAAGAAGAGCAAGAAGAGAGAGGGGAAGAGCGAGAAGGAAGAGGAGGAGAAGAGAGAGGAGAAGAAGUGCGAGAAGGGAGAGAAGAGGGCGCCGGAAGAGAGGGCGUCUGUGGGUUGAAGGGAGGAGCGUUUUUGUUUUGUGGUGAGGAGUUAGCGCAGCGGCGAGUGCUCCGCUCUGGGCCUUUGUCGGACGCGGCAGCUGAGAAUCGCGGAAGAGACUGCCGAUUGGAAGAGGCGAUAGGACGGGCGACGCGGUUAGGAAAGGCACGCGCACAGGCAUGUUCGCGCACGGUGCUUCAUGGAAAGGCCGGCCAGCCGAGAACGAAGGUGGUGCCUGAGGGCGGGAAGCUCGCCGGCGCAGAACAGGCAGACGAGGGCGAUUCCCUUCUUGCCUCAAGAGAAGACGGAAGGACGCUGCGGGCCGCAACUGCGCAUGCAACGGAAAUCUCAAGGGCUCGGAAACUCCGCCGGCUCUGUACGUUGAAUCUCGUCUUCAUCUCCGGCGCCUUCGUCUGCCUGGCCGGCAGCAGUGUCGCUGUCGGAGGGAGUCUUGCGCAGAUGCUGGCUGUCCCAGAGGAACACCGCUUUUUCGCCAUCGCCGCUUCUAUUCUGGUCAUGCAUGCACUCGGCCAGGGCGUUGCUCCUCUUCCCACCUUCUCGGCUCCGUCUAGGUCGCGGCCGUCCGCGCAAAUGUGCCUAGGCACUCUCUGCGAGAUUGGUGGUCCGUCGGCUGCGUCUUUUCUGCUCAGAGACAUUCCCUUUCCGAUCGUCGUUGGCUACGUCAAAGAUCGCCUCGCGCCGCACUGCGCGCAAAUUUCGCCUGAGGACGGAGCCAGCGCCGCAUGCCGCGCAGAGGAGGCGGGGUUGCGCUGGACCUUGUUUUUCAUUUUUUCGGUCCUGUUGCUCAUGGCCGCUGCGACGUUUGGGGCGAAGCUUCUCUCAGACAGGAAAACGGAGACAGCAGACGCACAAACGACAGACAGAGGAGACACCAGGCUUCCGCGAGAAGAAAACCAAUCUCAGAGGCCCCAUGCACGUAGCCUCACAGACUCCCGACAGUCGGUCUAG